AUGGCUAACUUCUUCGCUGCUCUGCUGGCCGCUGCCGCCAUGCUCCAGGUUGGCUCUGCCGUCCCCUUCCCGUUCACCAACGGGACCGCGCCUGCUAUCCACGGUGUCAGGGGUAUCACAAACACCACCGCUGUGUCCCCCCAGGUUCUCAAGCGCCGGCUCCGAGACUUCCCCAUCGCCCUUAUUGAGGAGGCCCAGUGGGCGACGACAAAGCCACUAGGCAAAAUGCGCCGAGUCAGAUUCCUCGCUCGCCAUCCUCACACGGACGACGGCGCAUUUUGCUGUGUUCCGAAACGAGAAUCCCAGAACCAGAAACCUCAUCUAGACUCACCCCACGGAUAA